CGGUAAAUUGUGAUUGAAGAAAGAAGAAAGAAGAAAAAUAAAGGUAAGGAAAGAGAAAAGAAGCAUGAAGCUAAGCACAAUAGGCAAUAGCAUAUUGAUAAAAUAAAGCGAGAGCAGAGAAAGAAAGAGGUAGGCAUGGAGGAAGAAAAGGAAGCGUUAGUGGGAGAAAGAGAAAGGGAAAGGGAAAUAGUUGAAUCAAAAUCAAUUAAGAAGGUAGAGAUCCACCUAUUUCGCCAGGGUGAAGGACCCAUUGCGAUAUUCAAAUCGGAGCUUGGUGGCUCGGAACAUAGUCAGUUAGAUGUCCGUCAAAUCCUCCGCAACCACUCCCUCAAAUCUAUAUUCGCUUUCAACCCUCGAUCUGGCCGCGCCGCCCCCAUCCGCUUCAACACCAAAACCGGAAAUUCCGUCUUGUCUUACCGAAACGGCGCCGUUCUCUACAUCGACAGCGAACCCAAGGAGUCGAUAGUUAAACCAUUGAGCAGGAUAUUGGUUGGGGUGGCAUUGAUAAGUAUUAUGAUAAUGCUAGUUUCAACGGAUAUUACUACUACUACUACUAGUCCAGAAUGGGUUCAGAAAUUAAAUGUUUCUGGUGUGAAUUUCCCUUCCUUGAUAUUGGCUUGUGUAGUUGUUGUUUUCAGCCGCAUGAGGAACAAGACCAGACAUUUUCUCAAAAAACUUGGUCUCUGAAUCAAUCAAUUCGUCCCUCUCUUUCUGUAUUAGAGAUGAAAAUAACACAUGAUACUAAUAUUUUGAACAGUUACGAUAAACAAGGUGGGUGCUACAAAUGGAUUGAUAUAUCAAAUUAGAUAAGGUUGACUGCUGGUUUUUGAAGGAGGCUGCAUAGAAUCGUUGGAGUCUUAUUCCUCUGCCUGUUACCAUAAAUGUUAGCUGAGGAACGUGGCAUGUAUCACAUUAGGUGACCUUGAAAAGUAGUAACACAUUAGAUGACAGGGAGUAUGUUGUAAUGUACCGGUGGUUUAUUUUGAUUUAUCAUUGGAGUCUUUUAUGUAUUGCUUUGUCUACUUGUAAACUAAAUUCAUUUGUGUUUGGUUCUUC